AUGUCCAACCAAACCACCCUGACCGAGUUCCUUCUCCUGGGAUUCUCUGAUGUUCGGGAGCUGCUGAUUUUGCACUUUGUGGUGUUCUUGCUGAUUUGCCUGGCGGCCCUGAUGGGGAAUCUUCUCAUCAUCACAGCCAUAGCCCUCAACCCCCAUCUUCACACCCCCAUGUUCUUCUUCCUGGUGAAUCUGUCCAUUCUAGACUUCGGCUCCAUCUCCGUUACCAUCCCCAAAUCCAUGGCCAAUUCCCUCAUGAACACCAGGGUGAUUUCUUAUCCUGCAUGUGUCACCCAAGUCUUUCUCUUUCUCCUCUUCGCUGCAACUGAUCUUGCCUUACUCACCAUCAUGGCAUAUGACCGAUAUGUCGCCAUCUGCCAACCACUGCACUAUGAGAGAGUGAUGAACAGGAGAGCUUGUGUCCAGAUGGCAGCCAGUGCCUGGAUUACUGGUAUUGUCUACUCUGCCCUGCACACUGGCAACACCUUCAGGUUACCAUUCUGCCAGUCCAAUGUCAUCAACCAGUUCUUUUGUGAAAUCCCCCAACUACUCAAGAUCACCUGCUCUGAUUUGUACCUCACUGAAGUUGGGGCUAUUGCCUUAGGUGUGUUUUUAGGGCUAAAUUGCUUUGUUUUUAUAAUUGUGUCUUACGUUCAGAUCUUCAAAGCUGUGCUGAGAAUCCCUUCUGAGCAGGGCCGGCAUAAAGCCUUCUCCACCUGCCUGCCUCACCUCACUGUGGUCUCUUUGUUGAUUUUCACUGUCAUCUUUGCCUAUCUGAAACCCACCUCCAGCUCAGCAUCAGGUCUGGACCUUGUGGUGGGUGUUCUCUAUUCCCUGGUGCCUCCAGUGAUGAAUCCCAUCAUCUACAGCAUGAGGAACAAGGAAAUCAAAGCUGCAUUGAAGAAACUGAUUGUGUGGAGGUUAUUCACCAAGAGUUAAAAUGUUGAUCACUGAAGCUUGAAUGUGAUUUCAUUCUGAGUUUCUUUGUAGAUAUAAUCAACUGAUGACAAAUUUGUCUCUUUGAGAGAAUAGGGUGUAAUCUGUGUAUGAAAUCAUGAAAUGUGGACUAGCUUCACUGAUGUCAAAUGAGUUAGUAUAAGAUUACACCAGUGUGCAUAAGAUCAGAAUCUGUCUACGUAUGCACCUGUCUAUCUGUCAUAGGCAUUUAUAGGGCUACUGUUACUGCACAGAAUAUAAUCAGCCAUUUCUAAGUCACUAGUAGACUUCAUGAAGUCUGUGUCUC